GAUGACCAUGCGAUGUUUGGAUCUGUUUGGCGAGUUCUAAGUGCGGCUGGUUGGAGUUCAAAGCGUCCAACAGGGCGAAGCUUGAGUGAUCUGUACCGCUAUAUCCGUCCCGGUGGUGACUCGAAUGGAGCAGAGGGUAUCGACUAUUAUCUGGGUGAACGAGCGCUUUUGGAGCACUAUCGGCGGACAUUGGCCAGUAAACCCAAGGCUGUGGCAAUGAAAGAAGAGUUGAUUCGCCGAGCACAUGCGGCUGCCGUAAAAUUUGUUGAUGCUAGCGUAGCAUUUUCACCGGCUGAUGAGGAGUGGAUGCCGCUCAGUUUGUAA